UUGCAAUUGUGCACGCAUCUCCAAUUCAGACAUUGUUGCCAUUUAUGAACAUCUACGGAUUGUUUAGUGCACAUUAGCUUGGAAAUUGAGAGUACAAAUCUGUAAUUUGGGCUGGACAAGAUGGCCAGCAGCAAUUUUCAGGCGCAGUUGUUAUCUAUUAUGGAGGUAUUAGCUAAAGCAGCUGUAGCAGAAAUAAACCAACGUGUAGAUGAUAGCUGUGCAGUUAUACGUUUGGAAAUUACCCAUAGCCAGCGAGAUAUUGAUGUACUGAAAAGGAAGUGUCAAAUGAUGGAGAGCGAGCUGAAGAAGACACAUAAACGAGUCAGGAGAAAGGAGAGAUCUUCAUAUCCAGUCAAGAUUGUUUUGAACAAGCAGAGGAGUAGCUCACAGCGGAGAGACAGAGAGAUGGCUGUUGAAGAGGACUUCCAACCCCAGCCUACCGAUGUGGAGCAGGGAGUGAAGACUGAACCCAUACUGAUCAAAGAUGAGGAGACAGCAGAGGACGUGUGGAAGGCUGACCCUCAGGAAGAGCUCAGGGUCACUGGAGAGGAGUCUGGUUCCAAGCCUGGGAAACCACCAUCCUUUGACCACGGGCACUGUGAUGAGGACUUUAUCACACAACCCAACAAAUCUCCCGAAGACUCAGUGGAACAUUACCCCAAUUCUGAUCAUCCAGAGGAACCAGGCACACCCCGGCUCGGGUCUACAGAGGUGUUCAGCACAGAGCAGCACCAGCCAGACAAGGACUCACUAGAGCUAGUGAUGGUGAAGAAUGAGAAAGAGGAGGAGCUGGAUCAGACCACGGCCCUGGCAGGACCUGACCAGUUUGUUAUGGAUGAGACUGAUGGGCAGCUGUGGACCUCUGUGGAUCCAGGCAGAGACACUGACCCUGAUGGCCACCCAGAUUUCUCCUUUCAUGCAACAGAAGAGUACUCUCAGAAUAUCUCAAUUUUCCCAUCUCAUGAUGUAGGGCCAUCACUUCACUAUUCUAUAGUGAAACCACAUGCUAACAUGUUCAGUGCAGCAGCACACUUGAAAAGACAUGUCAGGACAUUGGCUGAUGAGACUAGACAACAGAUGCCAGAGGGAGAGAGUAGUGAGAGGCUAAACUCAAAUAAUGAUGGAAAUAUUUUAGCUAUACAGCCAAGGCAGCAUCAAUACAGGGCUUCUUCAGAAGCAACGGUGAGAUUGAGUGAGUGCACGACAGAGUCAAACAUGGCCACCACCUCCACCUUCUCUGGAUACAGCCUGAGUCACAGUAGUUUUAACAUGGUGAAAAGAAUGAGGACUCAGUGGAGGUCGGGUGGCACCACCGAGAGGCGUUUCAGCUGCACCUUCUGUGGGAAGCGCUUCCAACGUUUCUGGCAGCUCAAAGAACACAUCCGGAGUCACACCGGAGAGAAACCGUACACCUGCGAACAGUGUGGCAGGAGUUUCACCAAGCAGUGCAACCUGAUCAGACAUGCUCUGGUCCACAGUGGGGAGAAACCGUACGAGUGCACACAGUGUGGGAAAUGCUUCACCCAACGCUCCAAAAUGAUGUCACAUCAGAGAACUCACAUAGGAGAGAGUCCAGUGUCUCAAUAUGUGGUACCUACAUACCCUGGGGAUCCACACACAAGUUUAAUGUUGUCUCAGACCAGAUGGAACAAAUAGUUCAUAAUUGCAUUGUUUUUUCUGUAACACUUUUUAUGUGAAAAUGUGGUACAGAAGGUAUUUUGGGACAUUUUCACAAGCUUGUCUGCUCCUCACUUUUAUUUUAACAACCGAUUUACAACUGGUAACAUUGUGUAUUUGUACCAAAAAAUCAUAAAAAACAUGUUAUAUUCAAUCAAAUUUGUUCUGUGGUUUUAGAUCAAUAAUACACUCCCCUACGUAUUUAUUUGGACAGUGAAGCUAAAAUAUUUAAUUUGGUUUUAUACUCCAGCAUUCUGGAUUUGAGAUCAAAUGUUUUUUAUGAGGCGACAGUACAGAAUGUCACCUUUUAUUUGAGGAUAUUUUUCAUACAUAUCUGUUUUACCGUUUAGAAAUUAAUGCACUUAAUGUAUGUUGUGUCGUCCCCCCCCCCCAAUUUGAAGGACGCAAGUUAAUUUAUAGUGUAUUACAUUUUGUCCCAUAUUUCUAGCACGCAAUGACUACAUCAAGCAUGUGACUCUACAAACUUGUUAUAUGCGUUUACGGUUUGUUUUGGUUGUGUUUCGGAUUCUGUUGAAUAUAAAUUAAUUAUAAAUCAUG